GUUCAUCAUUUCAAUUUCAAAACCCUUCGAAACAUCUUUCGACACAAAGAAAUUAUCUACGACCUAUCAUGACGGAUCUCGGCACCGUCUAACAACCCACGAAAGAAAGCUUACCAGCAUUACAUUGCGCCAGACUUUCCGCAACUAAACACUAAUCCAAUGCCAAACGAAUCCCCUCAUCACACGCCGCUGGCGUACGAAUACGACUUUAGAGCAUCCGCGGUCCUCUGGUUGUUUUUGGUCCCUGCCCUCGGGGGGUUCCUUUUUGGAUACGACAUUGGUGGAACAUCCUUUGUCGUGGUGCAACUAGCUUCGAUGCGUGCGUCUUCUAUGUCGCUGAAGGACUCACCCAUCAAGACCGGAUGGAUCGUCUCCUCUCCCUCGGCCGGUGCCCUUUUGGGAACCGCAUUUCUCAUGUACCUCGAAAGCCUUCGAGAUGUCCGCGACCGCGAUGCGACCAACCGUCGCAGAUCAAAACGACGAUGGCCGGCACCGAUCGGGAGGCGCACCGAGCUCCGAUAUUCCGGGAUUCUUUACGCGGUUGGUGGAAUCUUGCAGUACCUAUCGGCCUUCUCCCCCGAAACGACCAAGAGUCUUUUCUCGCCCUUUUUUCUCUUGUCUCUGGGCCGCUGGAUCUACGGCGCCGGGAUCGGAUUUGCCAUGCACGGGGGACCGACCUACCUGGCGGAAACGAUGCCCCCCUCGGUCCGCGGCAUGGUGGUCGGUGGGAAGGAACUCGCGAUCGUGGUGGGGAUCCUGGUGGGCUUUGUUGCCGGCAAUGCAUUGACGAGAGUCGACGGGGACGAAGAUGCCGGAUGGGCCCGUGUGUAUGCGUCUACGCUGCUGGCCUCGAUCGGAGUGAUCGGGCUGUCCUUCACGAUUCCCGAAUCUGCCAGGUAUUUGGUUGGGCGGCAGCAAGAAGAACUCUGUGCAAACAGCAGCCACGAAUCCAGCGCUACCGAUCCGUUGCGGGGUGAAACGGAACAAGAGCGAACCACCCGAAUCGUUUCCACCCAGGUCUUAGAAUCACUGAAAUUCGUAUGGAAUCCCAGUGCCGCUCUAUCCGAGCACCGAAAGCUCAUGGCGAUAUUCCAUCGACAACUGCAGCAGCAACAGCAACGACAUGACGAGGAAGAAUCGCCAUCCUUGUCCUUGUGGGACCCAUACGUACGCCCCGCCCUGCGGGCCGGACUGGGCCUGGUGAUUCUGCAACAAGUCACGGGGCAACCAAGUGUUUUGUCGUACGCGACACCGAUUUUGGCAAGGGUUCCUGGACUGAGCGGGAACGCUUCUGUGAUCUUGGCAAUCUUCAAGCUGCUGGCCACUUCCGUUUCGGUGGUGCUGGUGGAGACCCGGGGCCGGAAAACCCUCCUCACCGUUGGUUGCUCACUGAUGUUUGCGGCUCUGCUGGUCCUGACCUUUGCGUUUUCGGAACAAGCUGCAACAGGGUCUUUCGACGAUGAUCCGGUGCCAUCGGAACUCGAUGCCCGAAGCAUACUGACCCUUCUGGGAAUGUUUGCCUAUAUCGCCGGUUACCAGGUAGGUUUUGGUCCCAUCGCCUGGCUCAUGAUCUCCGAGGUCUUUCCCCAGUCCGUCCGGGGAAAGGCGGUCGCGCUGGCCGUCCUCGCCAACUUUGCCCUGAACGCGAUCGUGCAAUUUCUGGUGCCAAUCCUGCGCAGCACCCUUGGCAUGUCCAGAACCUUUUUCGUCUUUGGGGCCCUGGCCGCGUAUUCGGUGUACUUUGUACAGACCAGUGUCCCGGAGACGAAGGGAUUGACCCUGGAGGAGAUCGAGGAGGGAUUGGCCGCGCUCGCAUCGAAGUCGGUGACGGGAGCGAAAACAGAUGAGGAAGAAAGAACAGAUGAAAACACAGCGCACGAGGAACGGGUGCAGCUUCUUUCUACCAGUUCUACUCCUGUCUAGAGAAGUCUAGCUACGCAUUUUGUACA